AUGGACGCAUCAAGGACCCCCGACACCUUCAACUUGUCACGUAAUCGCGUCCGUGUGAAUGAGCUUAAUGAGGAGGAGGAGCUCGCCAACGCGGCGUAUGUGGAGAAGCACAACCUGCAGUGCCUCUUCUCGGAGAUGGCUGAGCUGCUCUCGGAGAAGGAUCCGAAAACAGAAUUUGAGGCCGAACGCAUUCUAUUGGAUUUCCUGUCUCAUCGUAAGGCGGAACGCGACCGUGCGGCUCUGCGGCUUCAGUUUAAUCACUCCUUUGAGGUGAACCUUGACAACGGACGUAAAAUUAUGAAGCUGCAGCUGGGUCAAGAGACUUCCACGCUUCAGUUGGAGCAAAAGGGCCGUGCGUGGAAGAUGGAUGAGGCGUUCGCUAUUUCAUUGGAGCAAGCGGAGGAGUUAACGGAGAUGUUUUACGAACUGGGCCGUUUUGUUGUGGAAGGGACGAAAGGGGAACAGGGAGGAUUCAUUAGUAUCGAUGAGCGGGAUGUGUAUUUGCUCGCCGCAGGAAAGGAAUGUGCGGAGGCUGGAGACGAGCUCUUUAAUUUGGCGAUGCUUUUCAACAUGGACCGGGGGAAGAAGUUGGAUCCGACUUCUGGGGAGGCAUAG